UAUCCAGCAGCAGGAGCAGAAAGAUGCCAGCGCUUAGAGCCUCCUCAGCCAUCUUUACGCCUGUAAAUUAGCCGAAAGCACGCGAGUGAUCGAAACGGCUGCGGAUGGCGGAAUAGCGAGCAGUCGGUCGCGUCGCGUUCCCUCUGACGCGUUGUGCGGAGCGUUAUAUUCUCGUGCACUCGGCUGACGCGGCGAAAACGGGGAGCGUCUCUUAACGCGCAAGGUCGGCUCGAGUUUUGCGCAGAUUCCACGGGAGCGUCAGGAAUGAGUAUAGAAAUCCCCGCGGGCUUGACGGAGCUUCUGCAGAGCUUUACCGUGGAGGUGCUGAGGAACCAGCCGGCGGAUCUGCUCGAGUUCGCGCUUCAGUACUUCACGCGCCUCAAGGAGAACGAGAGCCGCGGCGGCGCGUUUGGCAAUGAGCGCAACUCGAGCGGGCGAGCGGGGAAAGCCGUCAACUUCUGCGAGGAAGCCAUGCAGAUCGACUCUGAAAACGGCGACGAGGAGGACGACGACGACGACGAAGAAUUCGUAGCUCCGGUCAUUAACAGAUUUGUCAGACGAGCUUCCGUCUGUGCCGAGGCAUUUAACCCGGAUGAGGAUGAAGAAGACAAAGACGCACGAGUCACUCACCCUAAAACAGACGGGCAAAGACAAAGACUUCAGGAGGCCUGCAGAGACAUCUUACUGUUCAAAAACCUGGACCAGGAGCAGAUGUCACAGGUGUUGGACGCCAUUUUUGAUAAGAUUGUGCUGACGGGGGAACACAUUAUCGAUCAAGACGACGACGGCGACAACUUUUAUGUCAUCGAGAGGGGAACGUUUGACAUCGUAUUGAAGGCGGACGGCACCACGCGGACCGUGGGGUCUUAUGACAACCGUGGGAGUUUCGGAGAGCUCGCCCUCAUGUACAACACGCCCAGAGCGGCCACCAUCAUCGCUACCUCACCCGGAGCUCUGUGGUGUCUGGAUCGACUGACGUUCAGACGGCUCAUUGUAAAGAACAACGCAAAGAAGCGAAAAAUGUACGAGGCUUUUAUCGGGACUGUUCCACUCCUCACGUCGCUGGAGGAAUCAGAGAGAAUGAAGGUUGUCGAUGUCUUGUCAACCAAAGUGUACGACAGCGGCCAACGGAUUAUCGCUCAGGGUGAUUUGGCAGAUUGUUUCUACAUCGUAGAAUCAGGACAUGUUAGAAUCACUAUGAAGAGAAGUAAGUCAAAAAACGAAACAGAAGAGGAGGAACUGGAGAUCACCACGUGCUCUAGGGGGCAGUAUUUUGGAGAAUUGGCUCUUGUCACCAACAAGCCACGGGCAGCAUCUGCAUACGCUGUGGACGAUGUCAAGUGUUUAGUAAUGGACGUUCAGGCGUUCGAGAGGUUAUUGGGUCCCUGCAUGGACAUCAUGAAACGGAACAUUGCGAAUUAUGAAGAACAGCUGAUGGCGCUCUUCGCGAGUCACAUGGCAAUAGAUGAACAGAAUGCAUGAAACACAAUAAACAUCACAAACAAUAAAUGCAACAUGAAAUGAUGAGAGAGCGGUGAGUACUGAUGACUGAGAUCACACGUCUUCACAUACGUCAUAAGCUUGAAGUUAUUGUUUUUUGCAAUCAAUAAUCCGAAUUCAGUAGAUGUGAAAAGCCAAACGUGUGAGGGUUUGACUUCAGGACGCACAAGGUUUCUCUCACCGGGCACAUGUUUGGGAUUUGGUACUGUUUAUCUACAUCUGCAUCUUUAUUUGGUUUUUGGUGUUUGUUCACAUGAGACACAGAGACGUUGCCUGCAUCUCUUACAGUGAGGUUCAGAUCAAGUUUGCAUUUGUUUGCAAGACUGUGUUAUUCUCAUGAACACCUGACGUGACACAAUUGGUUGAGCACAACUGAAUUCAGCAGCUGAAGUUUGGAAGUGCUUUGUCAGACGCUUCAUGAAUUGAAUUCUGAUAACAAUAUGCCGAUGUAUAAAGUCAACAUGGAAUGUAAAUGGACAUGUUUUACGGUCUUAUUGUGCAUGAUUCACUGGGACACAUGAUUUCAUGUCUUCAUACUUUUCCUUUAAAACCCACACAGCCUCGGAAACGACUUACGUCGCUGUCCCUCCCCGUAAACCAUCUGACUCUUUCACAUUCCAGUCAGCUCUCCAUAGACUUCAUUAGAUGUGAAGAGUCGGGUUCCAAAAUGAGAUAACUCUGUUUUUAUGUUUUUUCCAAAAUCUAGUUUUUUAUCAUGUUUUUAUUGUGUUUUAUUGUGUUAGUUAGCUGUAUUUUUUUGUUUUUAUUGCAUUUUACUGUGUCAGUUAGUUGUAUUUUUUUGUUAUUAUGGCUUAAAUCAAAACAAACCAACUGCAGUUUGAUUGAUAUUAAUUGGAAUGCACAAUAAAAAAACAUGAUUUUUAAAAAUGUUUUAAAACGGAGUUAUCUCAUUUUGGAACCAAACUCUUCAUAUGUACAUAAGAGUUAUUAGUGAACGACCUUUCGUGUUGACUUUAUUUCAGUCAAAUUCCAAACAUAUUGCUUGAGAAUAAGAACAGGAAAACAAAAGAAAGAGAGCCACAUGUUUGAAUAUUAUUGCACUUUGAAGCCAGUGUUGUCAUGACAUUUAUACUUGCACACUUCUAAAUGUUUUCGAGCUCCUUAUACUGUUAAACAUAGAAAUAGUGACUAUAGACAUCGUGUAUCUUUACUUUCUGUUAUGGUGUAGCACAUUUUUAUGAUUUGGUAACAUCACCACCGCUUGACGCAUCUGUUGAUGUGAAUCAUUUUUGUAUAACUGAAGUAUUUCGCUGAUUUUGAACUGAGACUAUUUAACAUGCACAACUUGUAUCUUUAUGUAAAGGAUCUUGAAUUUCUCAAGUGUUUGUUUAGUUUCUGACCACUUUUCUGUUUUUGGCAGCAUUCGUUCUUUAUUCAUUGUUGAUUCUGCGGGAUUUUGGCUUUAACAGUCUCUAUUCUCAUGGCUGUCUACCUCUGAUAUGAGCGACACAAUCAUCAUCCCUUCUCCUCAUGUAGAUGUCAACAUGAUAACAUUUCCUUUCUGUUUUCCUUCUACGUGUCUGUGCGACUAUCUGCUGCCUAGUAAAUGUCCUGAAAACCAAUCAAAGGUCUACAGUCUCUCAGUGUAAGAGAGCUCAGCAUCUAUCUGACUUUCCAUUCAAAUAAAGAACAGUUUUGUAUUGACA